ACACACACACACACACACAGACAGACUGCAGUAGUUUCUCCUGCAGGCACACAUCGAGCCAGGACUCUUUCACGGUGGGGGUAAGUUCGCCUUUAAAAAAUCAGAAAAAAAGGCUCCUUUUUUCCUCCGUCGGGAUGAGCAAUGUUGUUUUCAUAUACGACAGGAGACAUGUCGGGACACAGUCUUUUAAUCGGGGCGUUUAAAACAAGUCGGGCUGACAAGCAGACCAUGUGUGGCUGAACUGGAAAUGGCUUGGCUUUGAAAAAAAAAAAAAAAAAAAAAAAACACCGCAAAAGGAACAGCGAAACUUUCUUUCUUCAGCUGAUCUCCGUGUUCUCUGGAUUUGAAAGGGGGAAAACUGGGAAUAGCGGGAGUUUGGAAAACUUUGGUCUUAUCCUGUAGACCUGUAGGAUUUGUCUCCUAUGGACGAAGACAGUCCUCUUUCUCCAAGAGCAAACGCUUUCAGUAUCGACUCUCUGAUUUCAGCAGAAGGAAACGCGACUUUUGCCAAACACGGAUCCUUUACUACCAUGCACUACAGCACAGUGACCAGAGAAAUGGAAGCCAUCUCGAGCCCGUGGCUGACGCAGCUCUCCCAUUUUUGCGAUGUUGCAGCCUUCACCACGAGCAGCCUGAAUAGCCUGAACGCGCCGGGCAGCUACCAUCCUCAUCCUCCCCAUCCUCAUUCCCACCAUCCUCAUCCUCACCACCUCUCUCCGUCACCCGGGGAUCCUUACAGCAGCCAGCAUGAAGGUCACUUCGAUUCGUGCCCUUCUGCCACACAGGCCGCUUGUUACCCGCCGUACUCCGGCUCCGAGGCAGGGCAGGGCGACCCGGCCGCCACGAGCUGCUCCUCUUCCUCCUCGUCUUCGUCUUCCUCCUCUUCGUCGUCGACGCCGAAUAAAUCUCUGGUGAAGAAGAACCCCAAAGUGGCCAACAUCAGCGUGCAGUUGGAGAUGAAGGCGCUCUGGGACGAGUUUAAUCAGCUCGGAACCGAAAUGAUCGUCACGAAGGCCGGGAGACGAAUGUUUCCUACAUUUCAAGUGAAAAUAUUUGGGAUGGACCCAAUGGCUGACUACAUGCUUUUAAUGGAUUUCCUACCAGUCGAUGAUAAACGGUACCGCUACGCGUUUCACAGCUCCUCGUGGCUGGUGGCCGGUAAAGCUGACCCCGCGACCCCGGGCAGAGUUCACUAUCACCCCGAUUCUCCAGCUAAAGGAGCUCAGUGGAUGAAACAAAUAGUUUCUUUCGACAAACUUAAACUCACUAACAAUCUACUAGAUGACAACGGACAUAUCAUCCUGAACUCCAUGCACAGAUAUCAGCCCAGGUUUCAUGUCGUCUACGUGGACCCGCGUAAGGACAGUGAGAAAUACGCAGAAGAAAACUAUAAGACGUUUGUUUUCGAGGAGACGCGAUUCACAGCAGUCACAGCCUACCAGAACCACAGGAUAACACAGCUAAAAAUUGCCAGCAACCCAUUUGCGAAGGGAUUUAGAGACUGUGAUCCUGAAGACUGGCCCAGAAAUCACAGGCCAGGCUCACUGCCAAUAAUCAGUGCUUUCGCUCGGACAAGGAACCCGAUGUCUUCUCCCCCGCAGCAGAACGGUACUGAGAAAGAGGAUAGGAGAGAUUACGACCGUGACCCCAAUGGCACACCCAUCCAUGGCGACCCAGCCCACCAGCUGAUGUCCCGUGUGCUCAGCCCUGCCCUGCCGGUGCCGGGAGGCCUACAUGCCGUCCCUCUGACCUCCGGACCCCGGAGUCCGCCUCAUGAACUGCGUAUCGACGGACACCAGGCUGCAGACACGCUGCACCAUCACCCCUACAAAUACCCCAGCACCUAUGAACACUACCUAGGGGCAAAAACCAGGGCGACUCCAUACCCUUUACCCAGCAUCCGAGGCCACACUUACCCCCCUCACAUGAACCCAGCCACGGCUAACAUGUACUCAACUGGCAGCGCACCGCCGAAUUAUGACUACGGGCCAAGAUAAUAACUCACAAAGACAAAACCAAAGACACUCUGAGACACACAGUCACUCUCUCUCUCUCUCUCUCUCUCUCACUCACACACACUCUCUCUCUGUCAUACACACCAACAGUUCUCCAUGCCCAAAGCUUGGGUUGAGUUUUGGAAAGAGCAUGCCGUUUGAGGUGGAUGAACGGCCAUAUUUAUUAAACGGAGAAAUGUAUUCACGGAAAAAGCAGACAGGCCUGGUGGAAUGGAGUUCAGCUCCUGUUUUGCCCUGGGGGACUUUUACACUAUGAGAGCUUUAAAAGGGCGCUAGAGGAUCCGAAGACUACAGUAUAGACACCAGCACAAUAAGAAGUAAUGCAUUAUUGCAGACUGGACUUGAUAUUUUGUGUUGGAUGCACUUUUUUUUUGCUUUUAAAAAAAGCCAUAAGUUAUAUAUUCUUGAGCCCAUCAAGCUUCUAGGUAGGAAAGUCGUUUGCAUGUUGCUCUGAUCUGAAGGUGUUGACAUGCCUCGGGAUAUUUUACGUUGUUAUUUUUUUUUUGUUGUCGUUCCUGAUCGAGUUACUAUCCAUUGAAACACUAGGCCAUCUUAAGCAAUUCAGAGAAGCUUGUACCAUGGCACUGACUUACUGCAGUUCAAAAUAAAUGUGGACAGAAUGACCUAGCUGAACCUGUAAAAUAAGCAUUAAAUGUUUUACUUUCAA